AUGGGCGGAUGGGUCAAGACUAUAGUACGAGGUGCUCAGGUAGACGGAUGGGAGUAUGCCCUCGACCCUGGCGCAACCUCGGCCAAUACGUCUACCAACAUCCAGGACUUGAUGCUCCAUGUGGCCGGAAACGAGGGUGCUGGUAUCUGCGGUCCCAUAAGCGUACCUAAUUGCGGCUCCACAGGCUACAGUCAUGAUCUUUGCCUGAAGUAUCCCGAAGCGCAUUUCGCCAUCUGGACUAUCAACAAUUUUGCCAAUUGGCUGUCGAUUGUGCAACAUCGACUGACGGACUCAGCGGUGUCAGUGGGCUUCUCGACAAAUGAUUUUGUCAAAGCAUUCUUCACACCCACGCAGAAUCCCUCUCAGCUGAUUGUACCUGUCAGCAUCAUUGGUGGUAUCGCAGCGAUCGUAUCGUCAGUGACCCCUGUUGGCGCUGUUAUCGCCGGCAUUGCUGGGAUUGUCAAUGGUAUAUUGACGCAAGAAGGCUUGAACAGGCCAGAUCCGCUGAAGCAAUGGGGCGAGGUUCAAACAGCCGUAGGUCAAAUAUUUACUCAAGCCAGCGACGGCAUUGGCAAGUUCUACGAUGCCAGUCUCGACCACUGGCCAGAUUAUCCAGACACAGGUCAUCGUAUCGACGAAGAUCCAAGCCAGCUCCCGAUGAUACUUGCCGGUGGGUCCUUUGCAGCCCUACCCCAGAUCCCACCCACCAUAACCAAUACCGGCAUUCAAAACGCUCUUGCAGCCUCGGCAAUCAACGCUCUCUGGGCCGCUGACCAUGUCUUCAUCAUGAAGCUGACCGACCAAGCGUAUGGUCGCGGAGAUGGCGCAGCCUGCAAUGGGCGACCAGUAAUGACCGUAUGCAAAGACGGUGCCGCCUACAUCUUCGCUCGGUGGGUCACCACUUCCUCGGGCGCCAGAGUCACUCGCGUGAUCAACCCGUUCGACACGGCAAGUUGGAACGUCUGGGGCGCAUACAAGCAAGGCACAGGCCCUGAUGGCUCCACCAACGACAACAUGCUCAGCAAAUACGGCCUCGACCUGUCGAAAAUCCUCGACUCCGUCCUCAAGACUGCGGCUCUGGCGAAGGGCCAGUAUCCCUUCGACAAUCAGAAUGGCGCCUUGCUCGACUAUCUGCAGAGCAAUCCGAGCGAUGUCUCUCCCGCUGCCCUGUCGUUCUGGAAUCUGCCCGUUUGCGACAUGGAAGCGGCGAUCGGUCCGGGCUUGCAUCUUCCGACUCAAGGAUUCUUUCUGGAUGUGAUCUCUAAUUGGGGUCCCUGCACAUGUAUGCAAGAUUCUAAUUGGCCGAAGGAUCUCUAUAGUCUGCCCCCUCUAUCUACGACAACUACUCAGUGCAGGAAAGUGUAUCAAAAUUACUAG